UCGUGGUAUUCCCUUCCUUUCCAAAAGUUUGUAUGUUUUAUUUUGUGUUACUAAAAAGAUAUGAUUAUAUAGUAUUAGCAUAAAACUUUUAAAAAGUAACUUUAUAUUUUGCCUCUUUCCAAAAAAGUCCUGGAAAAGAGAUUUGUAAGGAUUAAUAGUCGGGGGGGGGGGGGGGCGUCUAGUUUCAGGCCUCAAAACUAUGAGAAUUACAGUGUGAUAAUAGCCUUGUAUAUUUCUUUUGAAAAAUUGGAUUAUUACUCUUUUCAGAAGCCUGUUCAUAAGGUAAUUAUUUUUAAAGCACUUUGUUUCUGUUGAAUGAAUUUUUAUGACCAAAUGUUUGUUUUGAAAAAGGAUGCUUGUAGAAAUGUUUUAAGGAGGCAUGAAAAAAUAUGCAGGAUAGUUGUCUUUUUUAUUAGAACAUUUAAAUUAGUGCUCCUCACUAUAUUCUUACUCAGUGCCCUUUAAGGUUAUAAUAGCUGAUUUAUUAAUAUGUUUCUAUUUGGCUGUGGCAGGCUGAAGUUGUAAUGCUAUAGAUAGAUUCUUAAAGUAGCCUUAGGUUUCAUUUCAUUGCUCUCCAUAGCAAAUGCUUGUGUCUUUUAAAGUUGAUUUCUAUUUUCCGUUUAAAUAUAUUUUUUCACUUUAGUUGCCCAGAUUUUGUUGAUAACUUUAGUAGUCCUGUUGAGUAGAGGGGAACCCUUAUCUUUAUUCAUAAUUUAGAUGUGUCCCUGCCAUUUUAUCUUUUGUGAUAUAAAUUUGAAUUUGUUUCUGUAAAAAGUUCAUAUCUGGAAGUUCAAUAAAUAAAUGUGCAAAUAUGUGUAUUUUUCAACCUCAGCUAUUUCAAUUAUUUUUUCUACUAUUUAAGUAUAUGUGGUAUUGUUGGGGAAAAUAGAACUUUGCAAUACAAUAGCUUUAACUUUUGUUCAUUGGCUUUCUAUAAUAAUAGAUAGGUAUCUUUCUUGUGAGCAGAUUCUAAGUUUAAAAAAAAGAGAGAGAUUUCUAAGGUUGUUUCUUUAAAGUUUUAAAAAUGCAGGGUUUUUUCCCCCUCAAGACUUUAAUAAAUACAUUUUGGGAGCCUAUCUUUUGUUUGAACUUUUGCUAUUUCAUUAGACUUAAUUUUCUUUUUUUAAGUAUUCAGUCGAGUAUCAAUACUGACCAGAAGAAGAAUUUCAUCCUUAACUUUCCAUAUAUUACUAUGAAAAUGACAUUUUAAAAGUUGACUUACAUAUAACUAGAGACUGACUAACCUGUUCUUUCUUCAAACAGAUGAAAACUUUGUUCUCAAACAUGACAGAGCGUUCCUUUUGUCAAUGGCAAAUCGAGGGAAACAUACCAAUGGUUCCCAGUUUUUCAUAAACAGUGUUACACCGUGCGCUCCAAAGGUAAUGUCUCAUUACUCUAAGGCUCUCUCCUUUCUUUCUCUGUCUUUGCCUUUAUCUUUUUGAUCAUAUUGUUAUGUGCAUUGAAUCUUGUGUUAGUAUGUUGAGUCCUUUUAAUAAUAAAAUAAAAUCCUCUUGCUUGAUCAGAAAAUGAACUUUGGCCACAGUAUAUGUCAGACAAUCAUUAGAUAGUUAAUUCACUAAAAAGAAAUUUCAGUGGCUUGUUUCCACUAAGCUCCUUUAAUGAAAAAGAUAUGACUAUAAUGAGUUUAUUAAGUCGCUUUAGUGUAGAGAUAUCUUUUACAUAAAACCAAUAACCCAUAUCUGGUGAACUUGAGAAAUUCGGAAUAAUAUGUGUGGAAGUGUUUUGAUCUUUGGUAAAUGCUUUUUAUAAAUUGUUACUUUGUAUACCUGAUACCUGUGUGUGUGUGUACUUAGACUAGACAAGUUUAUUUAUUAAUUUGACUUUCUAAAAUUGUUAAAUUUUAAAGCUGUGAUUUUGAAACAUAAAUGUAAUUAGUUGCUUAAAAGUUCUUUGCCCAUUUUAACUUUAAACAUAUCACCUGAUUUUUUUGCGUUAGCUGAUUUGGCUUGUCUCCUCAGCUAUUCAUCCAGAUUUUGUGUUGAAACCCAAAGAGAAAAUGCAGAAAAUAUUGACUGGGCAUUAAAAAAUCUGUUUCACAUUAGUUUUCUUGACUGUUACUAGUUAGACUGUGCAUGUUAAUUUGAAUACAUUUCAAUAUUCUUGUUUAACCCCUUUAAAUAAAGAUUUACAUUUUCCUGUUCUGAAGUGCAAAUGCAAUUGAAAUUUAUUUUUGUUUAUGCUUGGAAGGACAGCUAAAGAAAAUUCUUUGAAAGAAAUAAUUGCUUUGCUUUCAAAAUAAUGUUUUCCUCACCAUGAUAAUAGCUCACCUUUCUGUAGGUCAAGAGACCUACAGAACCUUUAAGGUUUAUCCUGUGAGGUAGGUAGUUAGUAUACAGUUAGUGCAGGUAUCUCAUUUACUUUCAUCUUCUGUCUCAGUUGAAUUGAAGUUAAAAUUGACUGUGUCAUAACCAUUCCAUAUUCACUUGUUAGAGCACUGUUGUGAGUCAGAGAGCUGUCAUUUCAGCAUUUCCUACAAAAGUUGUAUUGUAAAUCUAUUUGCCAGUAUGUUUUAGGGUUGAGUGAUGCAUAAAAGAAUCAAAUUUAGAAUGAAUACUUUCUGAUUAUUUGUCCAGUAUGAAAUGAUUUGCGAAAGAUAGGGGAAUCUGAGGAGAAAGAACUAUAUCUUAACUACAUCAUCAUAAGCAUUCCCCAUGAUAAUAGUUUCUAUAUGUAUUGUCCAUUUCCCUUAUAUGGUGGUCCCUAACAGUCACCUAGUAUUUUUAGAUUCUUUUUGAGUGUUCUAACAUCUAUUUCACAAUGUAACAGUAGUUUUCCCUAGAAAUUUAUUUUUUCCAUUUUGAGUGUGGUUUGGUGACUUACAAUAGAAACAUUCCUAUGCUCAAAAGUGCAUAUUGUCCAAAAUAGUAUUUUGAUGCUAGUUGAUAAUUUUAAGUAUUUUGUUAAGAAUUACUAGUUCUCUGCAUCUUUGCUUGCCUGCAUUUUAAAUUCAUUUUUUAACCACAUUAGCUUGAGUUUCUAGUCCAACCAUAAUUUUAAAAUUUGUCACUUUGGAAGGCAAAGACAGGUUCUUGAUCUUUUUUUUUUUUUUUUUUUUGGAGAAUUUUUCCUUAGUUCUCAUAAUUUUUUUUUGACCAAAUAGCAUCUUCUGGAUGGCUGAGUUUAUUUGACUAUGAACAUGAUCAUGACAGUUCUUUUUUUAAAUUGAGGAUAUAAUAAAGAGAUAACAUUUAGAAUAAUGAUUUUUAUUGCUGCUAUUGAAGUCAUGGAUUUUUCUUUCUUUGGUUUAUAAGUUUUAGAAUUUCUCUUAAUAAAUGAGUAAGAUAAUCUCCUUGGGAUAAGCUAAAAAGUUUACAGUUUUUAUGCAGCAUGGUAUCUCUUCCUUUCUCCCAAAUAACUGUUUCUCCUCAUAACCUGAAAGGCUUAUGAGGUGUAAUUCCGAAUCUGUUUAUCUCCUGUUGCUUAGCUGAAUUUCAGCAUCACAUUUAAUGUGCACAACAGGGUAAUUAGCAUAUGUUUAAAUUUUCAUGAUCAUAAUCAUAUACUUGCAUAAUUUGAACCUGAAUUGCUCCAGCAGAAACAGGAACAUUAUAUUUUUUCCCCCAUGGUCCAGAAUAUUGUGUCAUAAUGGGCCAUGUGCUUCCCUCGAAGUUUAUUUUCACAAGAUAUUGAACUCUGCAAAGAAUUUCACCUUUGCUGCUAGUAAUGUGAAUACCAAACAAGGAAGAGAGCUGAAUAGUUCUUUGAACAGUACUGUCAAAAUCUCCCUGAAGCUGGCUUAGUGUGGAUGGGUUCACUGAUGAUUUUUUUUUUUAAACCACAGACUUGGUGUGGAAAAAUAGUCUACAUAGUAGAGGAAUUAAACUUAAAUUCAUUGGAGAAAUGUUGGUAGUGCUUUUAACCCCUUGUAGGGCAAAUGUUAAAUUGCUUUAUUCUUUUUAAUUAUCCUCAUUGUCUUAAGUAGUUUUUCACCUGUGUUUGUGGACAUGAGUCUAAAUCAAAUGUAUAUUAUACAUGUAUUUUUUCCUAAAAAAUAAACAUUUCUUUGGUAAUUUGAUUCUAUAAUUCAGUAUAAUGUUAAAUCUCAAAAUUUGAAUUCAUCAGUAAAAUGGAUGCUGUAAACAGUUUUAAGGGUUUUUUUUUUUGUCAAAUGAAUAAUUAAAUUUUUUUUCCUUUUUUCUUUACCUUCACCUCUUUUGUUUUCUAUACCAUUCGCUUUAAAUCAUUCCACACUCUUCAUCUGAAUGCCUGGGUUUUGCCAUCUUCUCCAUGUUGACGUUUACUUAAUCAGAACCACAAAGCCUGCACCACACUUGGAUGGCGUACAUGUUGUUUUUGGAUUGGUUAUUUCUGGUUUUGAAGUGAUUGAACAAAUUGAAAAUCUGAAAACUGAUGCAGCAAGCCGACCUUAUGCAGAUGUACGAGUUAUUGACUGUGGAGUACUUGUUACAAAAUCAGCAAAAGAUGCUUUGGAGAAAAAACGGAGGCUAUCAACUCAUUCAGAAGACUCAGAUUCUUCUUCUAAUUCAUCCUCCUCUUCAGAAUCAUCUUCUGAUAGUGAAGCUGAAAAUGAGAGAAGUAGAAGGCGAAAACACAAGAGGAGGCUCAAAGUAAAACGUUCUAAAAAGAGACGAAAGGAAGAGAGUAAUAAGCAAGAAGAGCAGAGGAUUAAACAGUCAUCAAGUCAGAAGGGUCACUCUGAGAGGAGUGAUACAAGUGAGAAAAGAAUGGAUUUAAAUACCAAAAGGGAAAAGCCAGUAGUUCGACCUGAAGAGAUUCCUCCUGUACCUGAAAAUCGUUUCUUACUAAGAAGAGAUAUGCCAAUUGUCACUGUGGAACCUGAACCGAAACUUCCUGAUGCUGCACCUGUUUUAAGUGAUCAGAAGCCAUCUGUAUCAAAAUCAGGACGGAAAAUUAAAGGACGAGGCACAAUCCGAUAUCAUACACCACCUCGAUCAAGGUCUUGUUCUGAAUCUGAUGAUGAUGAAAGCAGUGAAACACCACCUCAUUGGAAGGAAGAAAUGCAGAGGUUAAGAGCAUAUAGACCACCCAGCGGAGAAAAAUGGAGUAAAGGAGAUAAGUUAAGUGACCCAUGUUCAAGCCGGUGGGAUGAAAGAAGCUUAUCUCAAAGAUCAAGAUCAUGGUCAUAUAAUGGCUAUUAUUCUGAUCUUAGUACAGUAAGACAUUCUGACAGUCAUCGCAAAAAACACAGAAAAGAGAAAAAAGUAAAACAUAAAAAGAAAGCUAAAAAGCAGAAACACUGCAAGAGACACAAACCAACCAAGAAAAAGAAAGUUUCUCAACUUUCAAAUGUUGAAUCCUCUAGAUCUUCAAUCCGGCAAAUGAAAUCUUGUGAUCGAGAAAGGAGAUCUCAUUCAUCGUCAUCAUCUCAGCACUCAUCUAAGAGGGGCUGGUCCAAGUCUGACAAAGAUGAACAAAGCUCUUCAACCCAGUAUAGCAGAGAUUCUCAUUCGUACUACAGGUCAAAAUCCCAAUCCCGUUCAUAUUCCAAAGGAAGCUCUAGGUCAAGGACAGCAUCAAAAUCCUCAUCACCUUCUCAAAGUAGGUCAAAGUCCAGAUCCAAUUCCAAGUCCAGGUGUCAGAGGACAAGAUCUAAAUCUCCAAGAAGUACAGCCCCUAGAUUAAAUGAAAACAAACCAGUCAAAACAGAACCCAUAAGAGCAGCAGUGCCACCAAAUGACAAAGUUGUUGUGCAGCCAAUAGUAGCUGAGAGUAUUCCUGUAAUACCUUUAAGUGAUAGUCCUCCACCUUCACGAUGGAAACCUGGACAGAAGCCCUGGAAGCCUUCUUAUGAACGAAUUCAAGAAAUGAAGGCAAAGACAACACAUUUACUUCCUCCCCCAAAUACGUACAGUUUAACAAAUGUAAAAGAGCCCAGUAUUUCAUCCUCUUAUCGUAAGAGGGAAAAGAGUUCAGAUAGUGAUUGGAGUGGUUAUUCAAAAUAUCAUAGUGAUAGAAGUUCAGAGAGUUCACCAAGAUCAAGAAGCAGGUCUUCUAGAAGUAGGUCUUAUUCAAGAUCAUACACAAGAUCAAGGAGUCCAGUUAGUUCUCAUUCACGGUCUCGGUCUCUGUCAACUCCCAGAUCCCAUUCACGUGGUAAAUACAGUGAUAGGUCCAGAUAUAGUAGGUCAUCUUCAUAUUCUGUUAGCAGUGAUGAUGGAAGACGAGGAAAAAGAAAAUCUCGAGUCAAUGAGAAGAAUAUUAAUGAUUCAAAGAAAAGGCAGGUGUGUAGCUCUGAAAGAACACUUAAUAAUAAGUCUGCCAAAGGUGGUGAUGAAUCCUCACGAAAGAGAAAAGAUAGUGAAAGCAAGUCAUCUUUAGAUUAUUCUUCAGAUAGUGAACAGUCAUUUGGGAAAGUUACACAGCCAAAUCUGGAAAGAGAUAAACAUGUCCAAGGAGAAGUCAUCAGUAAUAAAAAACAGGAACAAAGUGCAUCAUCUAACAGAGAUGACGAGAAAUCAAAAUCUGAGUGGGAUAGUGAUCAUUCCAAAAGGAAGAUGUUGAAUGAGAAUUUAUCUGACCAUCUUCUUAAUGGAGAAAAAUCUAAAAGGAAGAAUUAUGCUGGCAGUAGAUGGGACUCUGAGUCUAAUUCAGAGCGAGAAGUAAAUAAAAGUAAGGAAGAUUCUAGGCCAAUUUCUGAUAAAGAAGAAGGAGAGGCUACAUCAGAAUCUGAUGUAGAGUUUGUUGAGACCUAUGUCAAGGCCAAACCUACGCCAAAAUCUUCAGGAAACAUCCUUCUUUCAGAUAAUGAGAGUGCUUGGAAGCCAAGCAGACAGCACCUAUCAUCUUCCAUUUCAGAGAGCUCCCAUUCCAAUUCUGAAAACCAUCGAGGAAAAUCAAAGAAACACAAACACAGAUCAGAGAAGAAUCUUAAAAAAGAACACACUAAAAAGGUAAAAGAGAAAUCCAAAGGAAAAAAAGAAAAAAAACAUAAGGUUCAGAAACGAAAGGAAAUAUUUCAUUGGCAACCUCCACUGGAAUUUGGUGAAGAGGAAGAAGAAGAGAUUAAUGAAAAUCAAGCUACCAAGGAUAUAAAAGGGAAAAAACAAGAUUUUGAAAAUAGUGAUAUUAUUAAAGAUAAGAAUAUGAAAACCGAGAAACUUUGUGGUGACAGCAGCCACUCAGGCAAACAUAAUAUGAUUAAUACCUCAGCAGAUUCUAAUCCACUCUCUAAAGACAAUGGUAAACCCAGUGUUUCUACCAGCAUUUUAAAUGCAGAAAAAAAUGUAUCUACUUCCCAAAAAAAUAAUGAGCAUGAUGAAACCAUUCAGAGUGGAACAGAAGAUGUGGUACAGACAGAUGAUAAUAUGGAGAUUUGUACUCCAGAACGCAAUUCACCUGUAAAGUUAGAGAUUUCCCCUCCAAGCAAUCUGAAUUUUGGUACUCCAGAUAUAAACAUUACCCUAAACCAAGAUUUACAGAAUGAAAAUCUAGAAACUGUGGUUAUUAAUCAAGAAAACAAUGUGACUGAGAAUAAGACUGUGAUUGAAGUAGGAAAGCAGGAUGGUGGUAAUCUUGGUUUUGCCAAUACUGUUGAAAAUGCUGUUAAGUCAGAUGUGAGUGAAAGAAGCCAGAGUAAUAUAGUUGAUAAUAAAUGGAAGCCUUUACAAGGUGUGGGUAAUCUAUCAGCAACUACAACUUCCAGUACUAUGGAAGUUAAAACUUUACCUUCUGUACCUGACACAAAACCACAAGGCCUGAGAAUAGAAAUCAAAAGCAAAAACAAAGUUCGUCCUGGUUCUCUCUUUGAUGAAGUGAGAAAAACUGCACGACUAAACCGGAGACCAAGAAAUCAAGAGAGCUCUAGUGAUGAACAGACUCCCAGUCGAGAUGACAACAGCCAAUCCAGGAGUCCAAGUAGGUCCCGAAGUAAAUCUGAAACCAAAUCAAGACAUAGAACAAGGUCUAUCUCCUAUAGUCACUCAAGAAGUCGAUCUCGAAGUUCUACUUAUUCUUAUCGUUCAAGAAGUUAUUCUAGAAGUAGGAGCAGAGGAUGGUACAGUAGAGAUCGAUCACGAAGUCGCAGUAGUUCUUAUCACAGUUAUAAAAGCCACAGUAGGACGUACAGCAGAAGCCGAUCUAGGAGCAGCUCUUAUGAUCAUCACAGUCGAUCCAGUAGGUCCUACACUUAUGACAGCUACUAUAGCAGAAGUCGCAGUCGAAGUAGGAGCAAAAGGAGUGACAGUUACCGAAGAUCUCGGAGUUACAAUAGGCGGUCCAGGAGUUGUAGAUCUUAUGGCUCUGACAGCGAAAGUGACCGAAGCUAUUCAAAUCACCGGAGCCCCAGUGAAAGCAGCCGAUACAGCUGAAAAGUUCCUUUGGUGGUGCUGAUUAUAUUUUUAUUUGAAAAGUAUCCAAUAUGUGAAAAAAUGUAAUGGCAGUCAGUCUGCUAUUCUAUUCUUCAGGAUCAAAUGGAAAUCAAGGGAAACCAGACUCCACUUUAUCAGUCUUGAGUUCUUUCGGUGGUGAACAAAAGAUUGAAAAGUAUGUAAAUCUGUCACUUAAGAGAUUAUUUUUGCCACAUUUCACAGUAGCCAACUAUGAAAAUUGGCUUUAUUUUCCGAGAUCAGGUUUUCCCCUUCGCCAGAUUUUAUCUUUUUGUAAAUUUCGUGAUUAUUUAAAGUCUGUCCCCAAAUACUCAUAUUUUGGACUUUUUGGUCUUUUGUUCAGUUUUAGUUUCUUGGCUGCCAAGAGUAGAACUGUGAAGGAGAAUUGUCAGAGGCUGCCAUUUCUCUUUAUUAAACUGAUUGAAGUUUUAAAACUGUUUAUACACCGAUUCAGUGGUGUCUUGUACAUACAUACUUUCAGAAAUAAAACCACACAGAUUUAAUGCCAGUAGUAGCCAGGGAAUACAAAGUAAUGCCUCCAAGGUUCUUAAUUCAUUCCUCUAUUCUUUGCUGUCUCAAAGGUAUGAGAAAAGUGAUGAUCUUAAAACAUCAUAUGAUCAUAAUUACUAUGAGCCAGGGGGUGAGUUUAAGAAUAGCAACUAGCCUUAAUUGUAAAUAUCAUAUUUGGAUGCACCAUCCCUGAGAAAUUAACAUUUUAUCUACUUUUAGAAAAAGACUAUUGUUAGAAGUUUAACCUGUUAAGAAAAAAGUUGCAUUUCAGUCCAUGCUCUGGUGCUUGGGUGCCCCUUGGUGCCUCUUUAAUACGUUGGCCUUAUACACUGUACAUUACAAUUGCAGCAAAGGGGGAAAUGAAUUGUCUUUGCGACAUAGUGACAUCCUAAAUGGUUCUUUCUGAGAUGUGGUACCUUUAACUUUCUUCCAAGUUUUGCUAUGUUCUAUAUGCCCCCUGGCAGUGCCAUUGUGCAUGGCAAUCUGAUUCCUUAGACCUACUGAAUAGAAUUGGUGUACCUGCUGAAAGCAUUCACAGAAGCAGGUUUCUCCUGUCAGUGCUUUAAAAAAGGAAACACACUGUCAAAGUGAUCCAGCCAGUCUAGAAAUACAUCUCUGUAUAGAGCUUCUGUAUUAAGGAAUGAAUUUCUAUGACUUAAAAAAAAACAUCUUUGCAUUUGUGAGUGGCAUUGAAAAAUAAUGUUGCAACAGUGUUUUGUUUUUUUUUUAAGGCCUUCAUAAUUUUCAGAACACAAAAGAAAUGACCAUUUGGUUUUUUUGUUUGUUUGUUUUGUUUUUUUAUAAACAGUAAAAUUGGUGUAAUUGAUUUGGUCUUUGAUUGGAUUUUUUCCAGUUGUAUUUAAUUGCCAAUUCAUAUUGAAAUGUAAAAGAUGGACAAAACAGGGUGUCAAUGGCAUGCAUGGCAGUUUAAAGGCUGGCUUCAAAUUAGAAAAGUCAGAAAUUAUCUUUUCUUGAAAACCACCAUAUUAUGGAAAAUUGUUGUUUUUUUUAAUUGUUUGACUACCAAACUAGUAAAAAAUUUUAUUAGGAAAAAUACUUAAUUCAGACUACCAUGCCUCUCUAGACAUUUCAUAUUAAGUGCACAAUAAUGCUUAUGUCAUACCAAAAGUCUUCAGAAAGUUUACUGGGAUGAAGACAAACUAAGUACAACUCAGAGAAGUAACAAGUUUGGAACCUCAGAUAGAAACUGCCAGAUCUAAUUAGGUGAUAGUAAAAGUUACCCUUGGGCUGGGACUUCCAUGUAUCUCUUAGCCCAGAGUGGAUUUUUAUACUGAACCGAAGCAUUGCUUGUUUUCCUCCCUCACAAGGGACAUCCCUCAGCUGCAGCGUUCAGCUCACAUGUUUACUGAAAUAAAUUACAGAAAUAGCUUUUCUUUUUAAAGAACUUGUUCUGUAUUUUGAAAUUAUUUUUGAAUAAAAUUCAAUUAUGUUGUGUAUUGUUAUUAGAAAGUGCAUCAUCGGGCUGUUUUUGUAAUGUCACCUUUACUAUAAAGGGAAUAUUUGAGAGCUGGUAGCCUUCAGAAAUGUAGAAGAUACUUUUGUACAUAUGGAAAUUUAUAUACAUUUCAAUUAAAUUUUCCCUACUCCUUGAAGGAGACCUUGUAGAAAUUAAAAAUAUACUUAAUCCCA